AUAUCUUUGACGGACUUUUUGGGGUUUUUGUAGAUUAAAUGUAUGCUUUAUUGGAAGUAUUUUGCUAGCAGUAAUUGUCACAUGAAGUUGAACUACACCGCACGCAAAUAUUGUGUUGACCACGUUUGCUAUUGACAGUGAACGCAGCGUCAAAAUAACGUCGGAUUAGUGAUGUGUACGUGUGACGUCGCAGACGAGCUCUGAUGUAGAAAUACCAUACUUAACGCUAUCUGAGGCAUUUGGAGCAACACACUGUCAACUUCAGCUUCGCAGCAAACUGUGUUCCUCAGAGUGUGUUUCUGGUGGUCUACAGCCAGGAUGUCCUAUAUGAGCGCAGACAGCAGCUGGUCCCAGCCAAAGGACUUUGGCUGCCUAAUCCAGACAUGCAGCUCCAACAUCCAGAAGAUCAGUCAAAACUCUGGUCAGAUCAAAAAUCUCCUCCACCAGCUGGGGACAAGACAGAAAACCUCAGAGCUCCAGGAAAGGCUCCAACAGCUCCAGCACUACACCAACCAGCUGGCUAAAGAAACCAACAGACACCUGAAGGAGCUGGGGUCACUCCCCCCGCCACUGUCUCCAUCAGAACAGCGGCAGCAAAAGCUGCAGAAGGAACGUCUGAUGAGUGAUUUCUCAGCAGCCCUCAACAACUUCCAGGUGGUGCAGCGGAGGGCCGCUGAGAAAGAGAAGGAGUCAGUGGCCAGAGCUCGAGCUGGAUCCAGAGUCAUGGGAGAUGGAGGCAGUGUGAAUGAACAGCUGGUUACGUUUGAAAAGGAAGAUGAGUGGGGCCAGACUCAGAUGGAAGAGCCCACUAUCACAGAGGAGGACCUGGAUAUCAUCAAAGAGAGAGAGACUAACAUCAAACAGCUGGAGGCCAACAUUAUGGAUGUGAACCAGAUCUUCAAAGACCUGGCUGUGAUGAUCCAUGAUCAAGGAGAGAUGAUUGACACCAUUGAGGCCAAUGUGGAAAGUGCUGAGGGUCAUGUAGACAGAGGGGCUGUCCAGAUGCAGAGGGCCGCCUAUUACAAGAGGAAGUCCCGUAAGAGAAUGUGCAUGCUGGCCAUGGUGCUGUUGCUGGUGCUCAUCAUCCUCAUCAUCAUCAUCUGGCAAGCCCUCAAAUAAGAGAUGCACACCUUCACAUGUCACCCGACGUGUCCCUGUGAGAGAGAGAGAGCAAGGGAGGGGGAUGUAAGUGUACAUGUGUUUACAUUAGUAUGGAAAAGGAAUCCUACAUUCCAACACAAAAAAUGUUACAUUUGACUUUCCUUUAUUCAAUUACUGUGUUUGACUAAAUGUGGAUUGUACUGUAUUUAUUUGGGGGUGAAUGGUGGGAACAUGAAUAUGUUUUGGGUUUUUAAAGGCUAACAACAGAUCUGCCGAUAUUUUGUGUUGAUAAUCAAGGUAUGUUUGUGUCUUUAGUCUAACAUUGAUGAGUAUUCGCCAUUUCCGCUCGUAUUUUUGGGACUCCACUGAGACAAUGUAUUACUACUGAUACCACUACUGCUACUAAAAAUACUAUUUUAUGAACGUUUGGAUGUUUGUUGUGUGUGUGCGCGUGCAGAGUUAGGGUUGCAUUAGUCUGAGUAUGAUAAAUAAACAUUCCAAUGCAAAAAAUUUAAAGAAAUUCCAAUCUAACCUUUGUCACUUCUUUAGGACUGUCUCAUCAAAUGCAAUGUUACACAAUUUUAUAUAGAGUAAGUAAACCUGUCAUGUUUGAAUAUGAAGUGUAUUCCAUGAUAUAAAGAGUGUCUUGCCUAUAAGAAGGUUAAAAUAAAACUGUUGGCAGCGAUCAGAAUGUCUGUCCUUAAACGGUUUGUUUCACUGGAUCUGCCUACCUGAUAGAGGUUAUAAUACACUUCCAACUGAUAAAGCGCU